GCAGUUUAUGGCGGAAUCUUCAAACGGCCUUUUCAACUUGAUGUUUGUGCAAACGUGAUGAUUAAAAACUGAGUGACGAUGGAUAACCCUGCUGAAGAUAAAGAAAACCAGCUUGUUACCAGACAAAAGAAAGCUGAUAACCGAAGAUCUUCGAUCUUGAAGAGCAACCGUUUAUCUGAACUGGAUUUGAACACAAAGAUUGAAGCUCAGGUUACUCGUCGGAUUUCAAGAAGAGUCAGCUUUGCUGAAACAUAUGUUGUGAAAGAGUUUUUAUCCGAGUCUCCACAGAGAUGGAACCUUGAACCUGACAGCCCUAAACAUGAAAGUGGUUUUGACAAGCUUCUCACAGGAACUAUACAGUCUCAGAACAGAGACUGUUCAGAUGAGAAUGUCUAUGGAACUGAAAGUCAGCCAGAGGAUGAACAAGAUGGACUUCAUUUGCUUCAAACUUCUUUACAAGAUUUUGAAAAUGAUGAUAAGGAUGUGUUCCUCAGCUUUAACAAAGUUGUUUUCCCGAAUCAAGAACCUGAGCUGGAGCAGAAAAUUGACUCCAGAUCAUUCUUGUCGCAGUUCUCAACGUCAAAACAUUUGACAUCGAGCAUUCUUGGACAGCCCGAUUCUGAUACUUUGCUGGACUCUAGGGUUUCUGAUUGUUCACACAGCAAAGUUGAUUCCAAGUCGUUUUUAGAGAAACUGAAAGGAUUUGACAAGCCAGCUACUGGAAACAUACAAUCUCAGAAUGGAGAGGGCUCAAAUGGGAUAGGUGUGCCAAACAGACUUCACUUGCUACGUAACUCACUGCCUCAAUUUGAAAGUGGCAAUAAGGAAGAAUUAUUGAGCUGUAAAACCAGUGCUGAAUUCCUAAACCAAGAACCUGAGCUGGAGCAGAAAAUUGACUCUAGAUCAUUCUUGUCGCAGUUCUCAACGUCAAAACGUUUGAUAUCAAGCGUUCUUGGACAGCCCGAUUCUGACACUUUGCUGGACUCUAAGAUCUCUGAUGGUUCACACAAUAAAGUCGAUUCUAAAUCGUUUCUAGAGAAGCUGAAAGGUUUUGUGACGAAGGUCCCUGGAGCAGCAGUACAAAGUGCCAUGAAGUUACCAACUCGUGCCACAGGAGCUACACCUUCAGUGCAAGACAGUAUGAUGAACGCAGACCUUUUUGGGGAAAGAAGUAAACUCAACAAAAGCUUGACUGGGGUGAAAGCGGACACGAGAAGUUCAAAGGAUCUUUUCGCAAGUCUUGAACCUGCAAACCAGAACUCUAACGUUUUUAAUAUGGAUGCCAGUAUGCAUAUGACUUGCCAAAAUAUUGACUUGACUGACAAAUCUGUUCUUGUUGACAGUGAUAACACCAGAAUAUUUGACGAUGAUACUAUGGACAUGACAUGUUCUAACAUACUAGAUAUGACAAAUAAAUCUGCUGUUAUGAAUAACAGUGUCCAGUUUCCAAGAUCUGUUGUUGACAAUGGUGGCAUCUCUGUUGCCGGUCAAAGGAAAUUACCAUUGAGUAUUAGAGAGAAUACUCUUCCAGAAAUGAUUUACAAGAAGACUUCCAACAGAACUGGGUUACCUACAGCUUCUGCGGCAGACAUUAAAACUAAAUCUGCGUCAGUUGUCCCUGACUGGACAAAGACGUACAAACUUACUGAUAAUGAUGAUGGUGAUAAUGAUGCUACUAUGGAUUUGACAUGUCAGAAUAUCCCAGACAUGAAAAACAAAUCUGAUGCUGGUCAGAACCGAAUAGUUUCUAAUGCCAGUCACGAUGUGGUUUUCAAAGAAAUAUAUUCACAUGUUGAAACCGAUAGUACCAGAAUAUUCCGGACUUCUGAUGAUACUGCUCUCAUGGAGAUGACGUGCCAGAAUCUUCAAGAUGUAAAUACUCAGUCUGCUGCUGUAGAGUCUGGUCAUACCAUAAUAUUUGGAAAAGGAAAAGACAUGGGAGCAAUGGACAUGACUUGUGAAUUGAUGUCGAGUAACAGUAAUGAAACUAAUAUUACUGAUGUGAGUCACACUCAAAUUGUGGAGAAGUCUGAGGAUGUUGCAGUAAAUAAAAUAACCUUACCUAAUGCUCCGGUUGUAAUUGUGAAGUCUACAGUUCCUGAAAGUGGCCUUACCACAAUCUUUGGAAAGGGGAAUCAUGCAGAUGCUAUGGAAAUGACGUGUGAAAUUGUUCCCGGUCUUGGAGAUAAAUCUACCAAUGUUGAGGCAAACCACACUAGAAUAUUUGAUAUUUCUGAAAAUCCUGCUGCAAUGGAAAUGACCUGUGCUAUAGAUUUAAAAUUAAAUGCUACUUCAACAGUCACUGAAACUGGCCAUACUAUUGUAUUUGGAAAAGAGAAUGAUGCAGCUGCUAUGGAAAUGACUUGUGAAAUUAGGAAUAAAUCUACUAUUGAGGCAAACCAUACUAGAAUAUUUGGAACUUCGGAAGAUACUGCUGCAAUGAACAUGACUUGUGCUUCUGCUCCCAAUUCAAAUGCUACAUCAACAGUCACUGAAACUGGCCAUACUAUUGUAUUUGGAAAAAGCAACAAUGCAGCGGCUAUGGAAAUGACUUGUGAAAUUAGGAAUGCAUCUACCAUUGAGGCAAACCACACUAGAGGAUUUGAAUCUAACAUUGCUGAGGCAAACCAAACUAAAAUAUUUGGAACAUCUGAAAAUACAGCUGCCAUGGAAAUAACAUGUGCUACAUUUCCAAGCUCAAAUACUACAUCAGUAGUUGCUGAAAGUGGUCAUACCAUUGUAUUUGGAAAAGAGAAUAAUACAGCAGCUAUGGAAAUGACUUGUGAAAUUAUUCCUCCUGUUGGUGAUAAAUCUACCAAUGUUGAGGCAAACUGCACCAAAAUAUUUGGAACAUCUGAAGAUAAUGCUGUUAUGGAGAUGACGUGUGCUACAGUUUCAAAUUUAAAUUCUACCUCAACAGUUGCUGACAGUGGACAUACUGUUGUAUUUGGAAAAGGGAAUGAUGUGGCUGCUAUGGAAAUGACAUGUGAAAUUAUUCACGGUGUUGGGGAUAAAUCUACCAUUGCAGAAGCAAAUCGCACCAGGAUAUUUGGGACAACUGAAAAUACUGCUGCAAUGGAACUGACCUGCAACAGUUUGCCAGAAGUACAUCCAACUGCAACUGGCAGAAGUCGUGUCGUACUGGAAAAUGAUCUGGAUACUGUUACUUGUGAAAACACUUUUCCAGACAUUAAAGAUAAAUCGUCACUUUUUGAGACAAACCACACCAAAACAUUUAUGAAGACUGAGGUGGUUGUAGUGAGCCAAAAUGAUCCAGAUGGAAAAGAUGCAGAUUUGAAUGAAAACCAUCCACGUACAAAUGAAAAAAGAAAACCAAGUGAUGACAGAGAUAAGUCAGCUAUGGAUCAUUCAAUAAUAAACCAAAGUCCAGAAGCAGAUCACACCUUGACUAUUGCUUGGGGAAAAAUCUCUCUCUUAAAAGCAAGCAUUACUGGCAGAGAUUGUACAAGAACAUUGGAAGAUGCUAUAGACACUGCCGCAAGGGAAACGUCAUAUCCUGGUACUACAGCUGUAAAAGAUAUCCAGUCACAUGGCAGUGACAGUACCAGAAUAUUCGGAGGGGAAGACAGCUGUGCUGUGAUGGAAAUGACAUGUAGUAAAAUUUCAGAAAUUCAAAAACCAUCUGGAACUAUCAUUAAUGACUGUACAAGAGUUACUGGAGAUACAGAAGUGACAUCUGCAAUGGAAAUGGCAUGCAUGAUUGGAUCUGAUUUUAAGCCCCAACCUUCAGCUGUUGACCGAGAUUGUACAAGGAUGUUUGCAAACAAUGACAGUGUUGCUGCAAUGGAAAUGACCUGCCAGAGCAUCUUGGACUUUAAGGAUAAAUCCAUAAAUGUUGAUUUCGAUAAAAGCAGACGGGCUGAUGGUACAAAUGGAGACCAAGCUGCUGCUACUUUUUGCAGACGUUCCAUGAGCAAUCCACCUCGGUCGAUUCCUGACCCACUGGCAUUGAGUAAUACCUUGAAACAUAAACUGUAUGCAUUUGAUAUGGUGAUGGCCGGGGCCAAAGCCAAAAGCAUCAAGUUAUUAAACACUGGUUCAGCAGAUGUCCAGUAUGCACGUAAAGAUAUCACCUCAGCUGAUUCAGUAAUUAAUGGUCGUCAUGAUUUGAGUACCACAGCUACGAAAGUGGAAAAAACUUCUGAAUUCGCAGUUUCAGAAGCAACUGAUACGGAAAACAGUGAUGUUGCUGCUGUACCCAUAAUGACGACAUCCCAUCUGUUGCCUGUGGUUGGUAAGAUGGAUAAGUCCUGUGACAUAACACAGUCAAAUAAGACACAGGCUCAAGAAGAGUCUAAACAGUCUGGGUACACGUUUCAGUCGAAGUCUACUCCACAUACAGCCAGUUCUGAUGAAGUACCGAAGGUUAACUCUGAAAACACCUUGUCUGAUUUGACGUUGCGAUUAAAACAACAAGUUGACAGGACACUGACAAAGAUGACAUCCUACGACGCGUACACAGCAGGUGAACGUUCCGACUGUUCUCGGAAGAGUCCACCAGAGUCUGAUGACGCAAAGCUGGCAGUAGUUCAGGGCAUCAGUACUUCGUCAUCGUCAAAAGCAGAAAUUGAGUCAGGUAUUAGUGAACAGAUGAUCUCAAGUGAACUUGCCGUUCUGAAUGACCUUCCCAUUCCCAGUGACCUUGUUCUGUCGAUGAACUCUACAAGCAGUGAAGAGAGAACGUUGAAUUAUAUGUCUCAGACAUCGAUGAACCAGAGUCGGGCAUCAGUGAAUCCAAACCAGUCAUCCAUGAACCAGAGUCAGGUAUCAGCGAAUCCAAACCAGUCAUCCAUGAACCAGAGUCAGCUUAAUCUCUCCAGGACAUCGUCAUCAUGUCCUAUACAUGAAAAGUUUUGCAAGAAGAUGGAUAUUGCACAUAAAGACUGGUUGAAAAUACGAACAAGCCAAUUUAUGCAGGAAUUAGAAGCAGAUACCCUGCAGGACAUUUUGAAAAUUCAGACACUGAAGGUUUGCAAGUAUGACGUCAAUGAAACCCUACUGAGUUCCUUGAUGCAGGAGAACGAGAAUAUGGAACUGGAGAUUGACAACAUUAAGAUUGCUAUGGAUGAAUCUCAGCCACACAUCUUUGAUGUUAUUGAAAAUGCAGAUCAGACAGAGCUUGAAGAAUUGAAGGAGAAAGUCAACUCUUGCAAAUGUAUUUGCUGGAAAAAAGCCAAACCAAUGUGGAAGAGAAAGCAAAUACACAGGAACUUGGACUACAUUAAGGCCAUGCAGGAGCAGCGUUCAGUACUUCACAAUGCACUGGAUGACAUUAUAACCCAAACAGAAACUGUACAGAAUGUCAUAACUCAACUUGAAGAGUUAUCGGCUGACCUGAAAGGUGAGACAGGCGACGUGCAAACCAGUGGAUGUGCAGAUGGUGCUGAAUUUGCUGAACAUCACCUGCUGGUGGAGAAGGAACACGAGCUCAAAAGAUGUUUAAAGCAGAAUGAAGACAUUUUGAGAGAACAGAAGCUGGCUGGUGAGAAGACGUGGACACUUGACAAAGAACACAGCCAGUUGAUUGACGCACUGAUCGAGUCAUGCGACUCGAAGACCACUCAACAAGAAGAAGCUAGCGAGACACUAAACUGGAAACUACAAACAUUAAAGAGCAUCCAUAGAUGGGAGUUAAAGGAACAAAGCCCCGCCUACUUUGUUUUUCUAUUCUUUUACGGGUCUCUGGAGCUGACCGUUUUGUUUGAGCCGGGACAGAUGGACACCAUCAACUGCAUAUCACUGGUUUCACAUUUAUCAGACGAAUCCUCACUUUUGGUCAAACUGGCUGUCCAUCUUAUUCUUGAUGCUACUGACACCACGAAGCUGAAGGAACGCUACAGUACAAAAGACCGACUACCUCGGCUUCUGCAUGAAGUUUCUUACAUUGUGGGCAGGGUACACACUGCCGUAGAUGAAAUUGAUCACGUUUCUCUGCGGAAUACUGUUGACAUUAAGGAGAAUAUCAUAACCGUUUCAGUUCGAAACAUUGCCAAGAUUAGGAAAGUUUCACUUUCCUUCACACUGAGACCGUCGGGUUAUCCUCUGGAGAUAUCAGAGUAUGACAUAGUAGUUCACAUCGGAAAUAUCACGGCUGAUGAGAUGAGGAAACACCUGGCAACUGUGACAUCGGGUUGUGAUUACUGCCUGCGACUAGUGAAUGAAAUGAAACGUUACAUUCACUUGUGACAUCGGA